AUGGCCCCUCAACACACAGUCUACGAUGUCAUUGUCUGUGGUGCUGGUCCUGUAGGCUUAUUCUUUGCCUAUCAAAUGAUUAUGCAAGGCCAUUCAGUCUACAUCUGCGAUCAAAAGAAAAGACCUACAUCUCAAAGCAGAGCAUUCUUUGUCACUGCUCGCUCAUUGGAGAUCUUUGAAAACAAGGGCAUUGCUCAUCGUCUUUUGCAGGAGGCAUAUGUGUUACGUGGUGCUCAAUUGUUCAUUGAAGGUUGUGAGACCACUUCCAUUGAAGCGGACGAUGUUGGCGAAACCAUAUUCCCUCAAUUGACAAGCAUUCCUCAGUCCAGAACCGAGAGUGUCCUUGCCUCACUGAUUGAGGAGCAAGCUAAUAUCCAUUGGAAUACCAAGCUGGAAUCAUACACAACAGGCGAUGACAGCGAACUUGUUACUGCCUUCAUUGUACAUGGAGAUGGCAAAACAAAAGAGACAAUCCAAGGCAAAUACAUUAUCGGCGCUGAUGGUACACACUCUACUGUGCGACAGCUGGAUUCAACAUGGACAUACGAGGGUUAUUCUGCGAAUACACAAUUUGCACUGGCUGAUGUAAUGCUCUCCGGCCCUAGUUUGAGCGCUGUAAAGGACAAGUUCAACAUAUUUUACCAUUCUGAAGGCAUGGUGCUCUUAAUACCUAUCAAUUAUGAUCAUAGCAACCGCAAAAGCAAUCUGUUUCGAAUUAUUGCAAACAAGGGGCCCUAUGAGAAGCGAGCCACAUCCAAAGAAGACGACACUAUUACUCAUGGCAUUUGUGAGGACGAUGCUGAGCACCUAUCAAUAGAGGAAGUGAAUGAAAUCUUGAAAACCAGAGCUGAUUCACUGGAUUUAACUGCCAGUGAUCCCGCUUGGCUGACACAUUUCUACAUCAAUGAAAGAAAGGCUAAUGGUUUUCGUCGCAGGAAAGCUUUCCUAAUCGGAGAUGCCGCUCACUGUCAUUCACCUGUUGGAGGUCAAGGCAUGAAUUUAGGUUUACAAGACGCUGACAAUCUUGCCUGGAAAAUGUCUCUUGUUUUGAAAGGCUCAACAUCGAACGCUGAAUUACUUCUGAGCUCGUACUCAAUUGAGCGGGAGCCGGUUGCUGAAAAUGUAAUUAGCCAGACUGGCAACGCCACAGAGCUUGCAAUGAGUGUCAGUUUUGUUAUGGGUAAUACUUAUUGUGAUGGCGAUUAUGCCAACUUAUUGACAGGAUAUGACCAUGUAGCUAUCUUUAGGUACUUUGUAUCGUCCUCCACAUUCAGCAUGUCAAAAUUGAAGGAAUACGGCAUGUCUACAUUGCUUCAGUUACAUUUAGCUCUUGAAGCCUCCUCCCCACUAGUCAACAAGGUACCUGAGCCUCCUCUGCUAGAGGCAGGCAAAUUCCUACCAGAAACAGCUUUACUUUUAAAGAGGUCAAUAGCUAAUGAUGGCCCUGAGCAUUUACUCGAACGCAAGACACUCCACCAAAUCGUCAGUAACACAGGCAAACACACUGCUCUUUGGAUCAGCACACAUUCUGCUUCAUACACUUCCUCUUCAUUGACGUCUUUAUUCUGGGGUAAGCUUCAGACCAGCUUUGGAAAUUCCAUCAGACCUGUCAUUGUAGAAUCCAUGUGGCAUGUGCCUGAAUACAGCUUGGCCAACGAUAUUGAAGUCAAGAUUUCAGAGUUGUGUGAGAAUGAUGAACAGAGAAUAGUUAUCGCUGAGAAGCUAGAAUCAGAAAACUUCUGGGUUGAAUAUCAGCCUUCAAGCACAUACGACUCCAUCACAAAAAUGGUUGGGCUUCAGGCACAUUUGGAUAAAUGCUCAACAGACACAGAAUACCCACCAUCUGCUCUUGUGAUCGUUCGUCCUGAUCUGUAUGUUGCCCACUCGACUCUCGUAACCACUGAAGAAGAUAUCGACAGAGCAUUCGAAUUUCUACAGACAUACUUGAUAUAA